AUGACUGCUGAUGUAGCCAAUUCAUGCACAGAGGAAGAUACCCAUUCUAGUUUGGAAGAUGGUUCAGAAGGUGAAGAGGGUGAGAUUCUUGACACCGACGAUUCCGGUUUCAUACCACUUUCUGGAGCAAAAGCUGCUAUCGAUGACGCUCAAGAAUCCUCAAGCGAUGACGAGCCACCUGAAGAGAUCUUGAACAGGGUUGCUAAGGAGAAAGCCGAGGAAAAUGGAUUGAUAGAGCCUGUACUAGAUCCGAAGUUGUGCGCGAUCUGUCAGAAAACUCCGCAUAAGUACAGGUGUCCAAAGUGUGACAUGAGGACGUGUUCUGUAGCUUGUUCCAAGCAGCACAAGGAAGUCAAAAACUGUGACGGUGUCAGACCACCUUUUCAAGCGGUUGCUAAGCUCUCACAGUUCGAUGCUGCGAAAUCAAUCCAAGAUCAACAGUUUCUUCAUACUGUUCAAAAUAAUUUGUCGUCGGUCAAAGGCCCUCCGUCAACUCACGCACAGUAUCAGCUUGCUCAUGCGGCUUCUUCAUGCUCUGGUGAAGGCAAUGAUCCUGGUCGAUCAGCGCAUGAUCGUAACCAAGGUGACGAGGAGAAUCUGGAACACAUUCGACACAAGGCGAAUUCGGCACAGGAGCGGUUCCUUAUACAAAAUGCCAUACGUCGCCGAAUCUGGCUCUCUUUCAGUGACGACAAAGGCGGCGAAGACUGUUCACGCCACGAGCAGUAUUCGGAUACAAUAUUUUGGUGUAUUGACUUUGUUUUCACUAAGCAGCUAGAAGAUGGAUCGGCAUCGGAAUAUUCUUAUCGUGUCCAAAAUAUACCUGAAACAAUCAGGCUUGUCACAGUCCUGAAACAAUUCCUCAAACCUCGGCAACACGGGUGUGUUGUUUCGAAAUCCGAUUUGGAUAUGGACAAAAUGACUCCUUUUAUUGAAGCUGGAAUAGAAAAUGUCAAUGGAUUCAUGUUGGUGCCCAAUUAUGAACCAGAGAGGUACUACGUAAUCAACUUCGAGAAAGAUCUUCUGCAUAAUACUCGAAAUAGAGUUAUUGUCAAUCAUCCAAGAAUUAUCGUAACCUUGAACACUGAGUUUAUUUCAUCACAUCAGCUAGUUUCGGAAGCGGAGGCCGAAGAAAUAAGAGAAAAGCAACGUCAAUCACGAGCGAUGGGCCAAGCUGCUGAGGAUGGUUGUGGAAGCGUGUUUCAUCACGGCGGUAGGGGUGGUGGUUUUCGAGGCGGACGCGGAGGACCUCGAGGAGGAUUCCGCGGUGGUUUUCACGGAGGUUCGCAUGGUCACAACAACCGUGAAGCGCAAAGAGGCGGCUCAAGAGGAUUCAGAGGCCGCUUCGAUGGAAAAAGGACGAGGAACUUUGAUGACGAUGAUACAGGUUUCCGUAGCAAGAGAGGCCGAGGUGGUAGAGGCGAUAGAGGACGCUCUCACAAUUACAGGAGUUUGGACGACGAAUUCGACCCAUUUGAGCCAUUUGAAGGGCCCGUCCGUCUGCCACGUUCUUAUUUGGGUAGCAAAGAGGGUAGUAAGUCAGAAAAUGGUACUGCUAACAGCAACUCAGAAAAGAAGGAUCAGGAAAACGUCGGUUGA